AUGAGCAGCAGUUUGAGCAGAAUUGGAGUACUCAAAGCUUUUACGACGACGAGGAGGAGAACAACAACAACAACGUUAGGAUCAGAAGCAAGGAAGAGGUUGAAGAGAAUACGAAGCGAUUAUGUUUUGAGCUCCUCCUCCUCCUCCUCCUAUUUUAAAUUGGAGAAAGAAGAAGGAGGAGGAGAAGAAAACGAAGAAAUUCUGUUAUUAACUCCCGAGGAAGUCAUCGAAAAUCUCCCUUCGAUACUCCUCGAGUCCGAGUUAGAAGGUACUACUGGUGACGAUACUAACAAAGGAGUGGUGGAUUUAGUCGAGUUUUCGACGCUCUGUAAAGAGUACGUGAAGAAUAACGGCGACGUGGACGCGCUCGUCCGGAAAUUCUCGGAAAGCGAGUAUAACUCGUCGCAGUUUUUAGAGGCGGCGUUCGAUACCGUCUACGACGCGAAGAUGGCGAUGAGGAAGAACGAAGUCUCCAUGGAAGUGUUCGGGGCGUUUCAGGAGAUUUGUUUGAUUUGCGCGAAAGCGUUUCGGAAGAGAAAUAUGAAACCGGAGGUUUUUUUAGCGGACGAGUGCGUGAAAGAAAUAUCGCAGAGUCGAUACAAGGCGAAGUUAUUCAAGGACGACGAGGCGAUUGAACGAGCGCGAUGGAAGGUGAGGAGGAUGUUGGUGGAAUCCUUCGUCGACAAAGAGUUGUAUGGGAGUAAAGAAGUUAAAGAAGAAGGAACGACGAAGCAAACGCUUUUAGACUUUGCAAAGUUCGCUCGACAGCUUUCUAUCUGUCGCUCCACCGCGCUCGAGGACAUGGAGAAGAAUAUCUCCUUCGCCACGGAAAGAAUGGGAAUGAGCGAAAUCCUCAUCGAAGGCGCCACCGAGAAAGCUCUGAACAAACCAGAUGACUUAGAAAUCACAAAGAAAGCGAUGGAGAGAGUCGUGAACUCCGUGGACGAAGUGUUGGCGUUGUGUUUAGAGUUGGACUUGGAGAAGAAAAACAACCCGGCGACGACUCGCGUGAUGAAAGCCGAGCAACUGUUAAGAAAAAAUCGUGAGUUUUUGGACGACGGCGACGAAAACGUGUAG